UGUUCGCCAUUUUAUUUCUUUCUGUAUAGAUAACUAAAGAUUUUCUGAUUUCAGUCAAAAGCGAUUCAAGAUUUUAUUUCAUUUUUAAAUAAAUUGUGUAAAGCAAAAGAAUUUUGUAAAAAUGUCGGUAAAAGUUGAGAUACCCGAAGAUGAAACUGUAAGCUUGGUGGAGUCGCCAAAGAACACUAAAGCUCAUGACGAAGAAGAUAUCUGUGAACUGGAACACCUUCGAAAACUAUUUAUAGGUGGUUUGGCUUCGCACACUACGGAAGAAAACUUAAAACAAUUUUAUGGAAAAUGGGGUACGGUAGUGGAUGCUGUUGUAAUGCGCGAUCCAACAACAAAGCGUUCACGAGGUUUUGGAUUUAUUACAUAUACUAAAGCAUCUAGUGUAGAUGAGGCGCAGAAAAAUAGACCGCACAUAAUUGAUAGCAAGACAGUAGACCCAAAACGAGCGCUACCUCGCCCAGAACGUGAGACACGGGAAACCAACAUUUCGGUUAAAAAACUUUUUGUUGGCGGACUUAAGGAUAAUCAUGAUGAAAAAUGCCUGGAAGAAUAUUUCUCCAAAUUUGGAAAUGUUAUAUCUGUAAAAAUUCUUACAGAUCGAACGACCGGAAAACGGCGCGGAUUUGCUUUUAUAGAAUACGAUGACUAUGAUUCUGUUGAUAAGGCUAUACUACAAAAAGCUCACACAAUAAAAUAUGUUGUGGUUGAUGUUAAGAAGUCUGUAUAUAAGCAAGAAAAGCAACAGGGUAGCGAGGCCGGCACGGAUGAUGCAAAUGCCAAUAAUGGACAAAAAUUAAUACCAGGUGGACAAAAACCUGCAAAUUUCCGUCCUCCAGUGCCACAACAGCCAAUGCCACCAUACCAACAGGCACCACCUGCACCAUACCCGCAAGGACCACCAUACAACUAUUGGGGACCUCCACAACAUCCGCCACCACCGCAAUAUGGGCCAUAUCCGCAACCCCCAGCACCGGCUAAUGGUUGGAACACGCCAUACGCCUGGAAUAGUUGGAAUGCCGGACCACCACCACCGCAAGUUGGUGCACCACCGGCUAAUUGGUAUCCCAAUCAAUGGCCAUCAAAUAAUGCGGCACCAGUUCCACAGCCGCCAAAUGGUCCUGCACCAGUUGGCGGUUGGAAUGCUCCACCAGUAGGCGGACCUCCACCACCACAAUGUCCACCGGCAAACUUUGGCAAUGGUUAUCAGCAAAACUAUGCUGCCGGUCCUACCAAGCAUAACCAACCCAACACGAAUCGUAUGCAUCCUUACGGCCCACCACAAAAUUCCAAUUACGCCAAUGGAAACCAACAACCACCACCGCAAGGCUAUAAUGGUUAUGGCGCAGUUAAGCCACCUGCUGCAUCAGCACCGCCAAAAAAUGGCCCACCUGCAGGGCCGCCAGUCAACACGGCUGCCCAAAUGGCAAAUAAGUUCAGACGUUGAAGACCUUCGUAUCACUACGCUGAUGCAAUAUAAGGUAAUUGUGUGCUGAGAAAUUACUCUUACUCAUAUAUAUUUAAAUCGCUACCAAAACUUGAUACCACUAAGCUUUCUUAGAUGCAGUUUUAAGAUAUUAUAUGGAGUGUUGCUAAUUUUAACGCUUUUAUUUAUAAUCUGGAACUGAGAGAUGGCCAAAUAUUUAUUUAUUCUCUUAAAUAUUUUAAACAUCAGAUCCCUACAUAAAAAACACCCAAUUUAUGAUUUCAUAAAUUAAAAUGAUUUUAUGUGUUUGUGCCUAAUGCUUUUGGCUUCUACAAAGGCUAAAUGAAAAUUAUAAUAUUUACUUACAUUAUUUUUAUGUACAAAUUUAAUAUGUAAAAUAUUUAACUUCUGAUUUAAUUCUCUUUAAUUUAGGUAUAAUACAACAAGCUCAAUAUAGAAGAAAUGCUUAAUUAUAAAUCACAGAAGGGCUUACCUGUUUUGUCUAUCACACUUAAUAGGUCAUUGCAUUAAAAGGACAAUUAUUUUACGUUUAAGUAAUAUAUGUGUACUUUAGAAAUAUACAUAUCCUUAUGCAGAUAGGAAAUAUGUUGAAAUAAUUCUCUAAGUAGUGUAACUUAUAUUGUUAGAGCUUUUAAUUAAUUGCCUUAAUAUAUAGAUGUUUUGAAAAUCUUGUAAUUAUAUGCCAACAAUUUACUCUCUCGGAAGACAUAUGUAUAUAUUUAUAUGUAAAAUAAAUAAGUUCAGAAGUUUACGUUGUACUAUUUAUAAUCAAAAUAUACACAUUCAUUAAGUCUCGUAUAUAUGUUUGGCAAAGUCAAUAGAUAUACAUACGCUAUAUAUAUAUAUAUGUAUAUUAAGAAAUUAAUAAUUUCACAAAACAAAUUAGUUUAGUCUAAAGAAUGGGAUUAUCAACUUGGGUAUGUUUAUGAAAAAAUUCAAAUAAUGUUAUUGUACUGACAUAUAUAUCUAUGUAUAUUAACGAGGAUCAAAAAUGACUUAGUGGCUAAUGUACAAAUGUACCGCUGAUAAAUUUUUUAUGGAAAAUGUUGUAUAUCAUAUACAUAUACUAUGUAUUUUAAAGAUGGAAUACGUUUAUAUUCAUAGUUAUUAAUUGGUUUACAAAUAGCAAAACAAUUUUACAAACACACACAUUGAUUUUGGUGUGUCCUACCAAAAAGUACACAUAAUUUUAUAAUAGUUUAUACAAUUAGCGUAUCACAACAAUAUAGUUAAAACUAGCCAGAAGCUAAUUUCUCUAUGUAUUUGCAACAAACAACAAACAACAUAGCAUAUGUAUGUUAUUAGUUAUGUAUAACAAAUAAAGUAAAUUUAAUUUAAUAUAA